AUGGGAGGGUAUUGUAUGGAGAACAAUACCUUCAUGGCAACAGUGUUGCGAUCGCUGGGAUAUGUUCUAUACACGGCAGGUGCCAGAGUCGGAAAUGUUCUUGAUGACGGGUAUAAAGGCCCUCAGGGCUACGGUGGCUGGAACCAUAUGCUCAACGUGGUCACUGUCCAUGACCAAAAGUAUCUGGUUGAUGUGGGCUUUGGCUCAUCAGGAGCUGUUAAGCCUAUUCAUCUCAAAGAUGGUGAAAUAGUGCAAAGUGUCCCGCCAGCUAGACAAAGGUUGGUGUACGCGCAUUGCGCAAUUGACGAAUGCUAG